AAAAAAAUGAUGAGCUUUCUUUUUUUUCAGUCUUGUAUUAUUGGCGUUCGCCGGUUCGGUGGGAAUGACUUUGGUCAUCCUUGGCUGUGCCCUUCCUCAGUACAGCAAUUGGUGGCCUUUGUUUGUGCUGCUCUUCUACUGCUUAUCUCCAAUACCAACUCUCAUCGCUCGACGAUACAAUGAUUCUGGAUCAAACAAUUCUUGCCUUGAGUCGUCAAUUUUCAUCACUAUGGGUUUCGUCGUCUCAGCUUUUGCCCUUCCAAUUGUCCUGGCCAGAUCUCCUGAUGGUGACCCAACGAUCCAGUGGGGCGCAUGCUACUUAGUGUUGGCCGGCAACGUGGUUGUCUACCUUACCAUGCUUGGCUUCUUCAUCACGUUCGACAACGAGGACCUGGACUAUAGCAUGUGGUGAUUGCAGAGCGCCCCCUUUCCCGUCAUCUGAAUGCCCGUGGCAAGCGCAGUGAGACAAAAGCGAGAGUGACUAGUGGAGUGAGUGCGUUUAUUUUCGUAAUUAAUUGUCCUGCCUUUCGCUAUGAUUUCAUGAUUUGCCCACAUCCUUGGGCAGUUGGACUCGAAUCGUUUGAGUAAUAAUUUUAUUUUCAUGUGCAUCGAAAAAGUAAAGAAAUUAAAU